AGUGUUACUACCUAUCAGGGGUGGACUGACAACUCAUGGGGCCCCCGGGCAAUCUCAGGGUACCAGGGGCAUCUCCAGGGGCGGACUGACAACUCAUGGGGCCCCCGGGCAAUAGGGGAUCAUGGGGUCGCUGUGCUUUUGACCAAACUCAAAAAAUCCUAUGAAAAAGGUACCAGGGGCAUCCCAUGGGGCCCCCUACUGACCCCGGGCCCUCGGGCAGUGCCCGAGUUUCCGAAUGGUCAGUCCACCCCU